AAUUUAUUGACGAGUCCAAACGCAUAGGAUCCGUAGUGCCGAGCAUAGAACCGUGCAGUGCGCUAUACUAUACAUCAUCUUUUGCAACCGUUACCAGGAGGGAGGGGAUUGCAGAGACAAAACCAGACGUUAUAUACGAAACAUAAUUUGCAGAACAUAUUGUUCUCUUGCACUUUGUUGGCGCCGGAAAACCUUUUUCAGAGAUGCUGAGUGGGGAAAUCCCUUUCAACAUGCACUCCUUCAACUGCUUCCUUGUAGCUAUGGUUUUAGGCAAGUUUUUAAUUUCCUUUCUCCUAUGGGCGCCUUGGGUAGGAUCUAUUAUAGCUCCAAGUUCUAAUUGCUAUGUGAUUGACAAUACCAGUCACAUUUAUGAUUUUACUAGUUGGAUUGGGCAUCCUUUUGAAUAUGAUGGGAAGGAUUCUGAUUUGGUUGUUAGAUUCUGUAAAGAUGUGGAAAGUAGAUCACAGAUGGGCUAUCUUGAUUUUGGCCAUUUUGACAUUAUCAACUACUUUGUAGCUGGUUCUGGGCAUGUGAACUUUGUUCAAGAAUUUUACAAUGGGGACCUGAUGAAUUGUGAGCAAAGCUUUGAUAAAAAGGGGCGUACUGCUCAGGUAAAUAUUGUAUGUGGAAAUUGUUUAAAUGGUGGAUGUAAAGGUGACCUUGGCUGCAUAUGCAGUGUAACCUAUGAUACAACUUGCAGGGUUCUUGUUGAGCUUGCCAUCCCAUGUCAGAGACGUGGCCCACGGGUGUUUGAAGGUUUCACCAUUGGUUUUCAUCCUCGAUCAUGGGAAGUUGUUUACAAUGGAAUGACUCAACCAGGUUUUGAAAAGGUUCGCCAUGAAUUCAGCUUUGGAACUGAACAAACUCAUGUGUCCCUUUAUAUGACUGCGAUUUCUUCUCUUUCCAAUCUGGUGGGAAAGCCCAGUAUUAAGGUUAACCCAGACAAAGGCUUAGAGGUUCAGCUAUCAGGCUCAGGAGCAAGUGGAAGUCCACCUACAACCUUGUCACCUACAAUAUUGAUGCUAGAUUGGAGAUGUCAGAAGGCUCAUGAUAGUCCAUAUGAAGUUAAUAUUUCUAUACCAGUGACGGGUUAUGCGCCAAUUGAGUUUACUCUUACAAAAACCUGUGAAUAUAGGCAGGAUAGAGAAGGUGAAGCUACAAGAGGAUGGGCAACUUUUGGAGUGCUUUCUUGUGUGUUCAUUGUGAUAUCAUCAAUAUUCUGUUGUGGAGGCUUUGUUUACAAGACACGUGUGCAACAUCAGCAUGGUAUUGAUGCUUUGCCAGGCAUGACAAUUUUAUCUGCCUGUCUAGAAACUGUGAGUGGGGGUGGGGGUGGCUACACACCAGCAGAGGAUCUUAACAGCACCUUCAUCAAUCAAGCCUCUUGGGAGCGCCAGCCGGUAACUUCUCGAGGAAAAGAAAGAACAAAUGAAAGAAAAUAUGGUUCGAUUUGAAACAAAGCUUACAAAUAUUGAAGCUUCAUGUUGUCUAUAGUUCAAUUUCAACUUAUCAAAAUUUUCACACCAUAAAACUAACUAUUUAGGGCUGAUAAUUCCCUUGUUCUAGAAUAGUCAUUUUUAAUUAGUUAUUUGUAAUCAAGCAUUUGGCAGCAUUUCCAUUUUUACUGUUAUUCUGUAUUAUCACUCAAGCUGCAGUAAUAUUAAAUUUACGGUUUUUG